AUGGAGGCCCCCUCGAAUGCCCCCCCCAUCGCCAUCCUCGCAGGCUACAUGGUGCUCGCUGCCACGCUGACCGUCAGCUGCGUCCGUACUGUCCGCAAGGGCGUCGCCCAACGCACCACCGCCGGCACCGGCCGCCAGCUGCUCGGCUUCACAGUCUUCUCCCUGCUCGCUGUCCUCAGCCUCGCCACCACCUGGUACCACAUGUUCCGCUUCUUCGAGUGGUCCUACGCCGCCUGGAAGGCCCGCCGCCUCCUGCGCCCCGGCAACAGCGCCAAGCUGUACGUCGGCCUGUGGCUGCGCGAGACGUCCCUCUUCAAGCAGGCGUGGGCCUCGACUUUCGAGACGCCAGCUAGGGCCUGGUGGUCUCUUCAGAUCUUUGGCUUCUGCGCCAACUGGAGCGUCAUGCUCGCCGUCCAGGCCAAGAAGCGCAAGAUCCCCCACAUGUGGGCGUUCAUGCUGCUCGGUCAGGUCGUCGCCAUUUCCUUCGCCUCGAACCUGUUCUUCCUCGCCGUCCUGGCGCAUGACGUCGUCGCGCCGGCCGCUCUCCCCGACGAGGCCGCGAAGCCCACGGAGAGGUCCUCCGACUCGGAUGACUCGAACGACGACGACGACGACGACAGCUCCGAGCCUGCCAAAAAGACCCGGCCCCAGCAGGCCCUCACCCCGGCCAUGGCUCCCUUCUGGUACCAGAUCGUUCUCGGCCUCACCGUCGGCUGCGCCGUCUCUGUCCCCGACAAGUUCGGCACCCCGACCUUCCUGCCCAUCGUGCUGGCGCCGCACCUCCUCGCCUUCACGCCGCUGCUGAUCAACAGGAUCCUGCGCCGCGAGGUCCCCGCGCCGCUCCUCAACCAGCCGAGCUGGUACCUGCGCGUCGCGAACCUCGCCGCCCUGCUCGCCGUCGGCACGUCCAAAGUCCAGGCGGAGGGGGGCGACUGGGAGCUCAUCCUGAGCACGCUGCACGAGCAUCCCGCCGUGAGCUCCGUCGGCUGGGACGUCAUCUGCUGCUGGGGGAGUUAUGCGGCUUGGCAGCUUCUGGGUGAAGAGUAG